AGCAUUCAGUUUUUUCUCUGAAUUCAAAACACCACGAUUUUUAACUGUCACAACAAACAGAAAAUAUUGCGAAUAUUUUGGAUUUUCUUUAAUAAAAAUCUCGUACAUUUUGGUUUUGUGAAGUAAAAAUAGUAAACUCGUAACGAAAUAAAAAUGGAAGCAAUUCAAUGCACCGAAACUAAUAACGAUGUAGUGCUUAAUGAUUCGGAUUCAAAUCGACUUUUAAAGCGAAACAUCAGUGAACUGGCCAAAGAUGGUAAACUCAAUGAAGACUUCAAGUCUCCGCUUCGUAAAGAAACGAAAAUAAGCCACGAAGCACAUAUCCGCCGUGAAUUGGAACAAUGGAAGCAAUUGUUGAAGAAGGGAUUCAGCGAUUUGUCAGAAUCAGAGGUACUGGACUUGGACGCAAUUCUUAAGCCCGAUCAGAAAAAUUUUAUCAAAGAAGAGAUUGAUGUUUUGCAAAUGGUUCAAGAAUCACACGCAUUUCGUCGUAAAUUUGAUUUUUUCCUUCGCGUGAAAAGACAACAGCUCAACAUUCAUGUUGAUAAAUCAAACGAAGCGUUAGAUAAAAGCAAACAACAGGCGCUCAAAUUACGCAUCGGUUUCAUGCACUGUGAACAGUUUAAUUCGCUCGACAACUAACCAGGCAGCGGUGAUUUUGACUGUCAUAAACAUUUUUAAAAUCGUUUAUAAAUACAUGGAAAUUAUGUAUAAGAAUGAACAACAGAUUUUUAAGAUAAUGAAGUGAGAUAGGAGCAAACAUGAAUGACUGAUCAAAAUAAUUAGUAAUUUUCUGUAUAUAUAGUCCUAAUUACUUCCGUGUUUUACAAAAGGAGCUUAGGCCUAGUAAUUUUGUAAUGAAAACAGAGCUGUUAUUGGCAGAAGUUCAUUAACUUAAUCCAUAUAACUUUUCAAUUGACAUUCAUUGUGCUUAUAACUGCUCGUGCUCUGAAUGGAAAUGUAAGCGAAACAGGAUGAUCUCACUUUGGAUUUUGAAAUAGAAAUUUCCAUCAAUGAUCAACUAUAUUUUAAGUAAACGGGAAAUAAAAUAAAACACCGUGUUUUGUAUCUUCUUCUUAA